AUGUCACCCUACAUUGCCUCCAGUGCUUCCAUCGCCUGCCAAGUGGUGUUGCAGUUGGCCUACAGCACCAAGUUCCAGCGGGUCGAGGAGCAGCACUGGGCUUAUGCGUGCAUUGUGGGCAUUUGCCUCGCUUUGCUGGUGCUGGAGGUGGUGCGCAGUGCAGUCACCACGGUCGUGGAGUUGCGGAAGUUUGAGAUCCGCCGGCGCUUGGUUGGAGGGGACUUCCUCAAGAGCCGCAUCCGGAAGACCGACGUGGGCUUGAAGGGUCGCACGCCGCCGGCGAAGAAGCCCGCGGUGCCGCUGGCGCCGCCCAGGAAUCUGCCCAAGAAUGCACCUCCGCCACCACCGUCAGCGAAGCCUCCGGUGGUGCGCCCUGCGUUCCUUCCAAAGGAAGGGCCGCCCGGCACACCUGGCGCCAAAGGAGCCGCGGGGGUGCCGUCCUUCAGAACUGUCGGCGGAAAGAGUUUGCCUGUGACAGGGCCGCCCCCUCCUCCCCCGCUGCCACCCGGCGUCAAGGCUCUGGCGCACUCCCCGGCGGCCUCGCGGACGCCGUCCAUGCCCAGCAUGCCCAGCGUGCCCAGCGGCCCGCCCAGCGCCGCCGCCUCGGCGCGGCGGUGA